AUGGCGCAAGAGCAAGCAGCUACAUCCCCAACUGCUCAACACGCUCUAUCGAGAAGAGCGACCGCAGAUUCCCGUGUAACUCUUCGGCGACCCCCAUUCUGGUCUCGUCAAGGAACAGCCAUUCUGGGGUUCCUCUUCUCCUGGCUGGGCCACUCGAACCCGCUUGUGCAUCCUGCAGAUCCUCACAAGAACACCGUCUGGCUCUUGGACAAUACGGCCUUCCGGUUGCAAUCCGACUCCGAGGAUUCAAGUGGUACCAGCCAGUCGUGGCAGGCGGAAUUCGUCGCCUGCAUCUUCGAGACACAUGGCCGCAAGGACGUAGGCAAAGUCGUGGCCACGAUCGCGGAUUACAUUGGAAUUGACGGGAACCUCGGCUCCGAUGGCAGAGCCAUGCGCGAACGGAUCGAGCAGCGUGUACAACCGUUUCUCAACCAGAUCUCGCCCGGGCGGACAUUAAAGCUGCAAAUCCCGGUUGAUGGUGAAACGCAAAGCCACGCACUGGGCGAUUCGGACGAAAAUGGCAUCAUCAGUCAGACUGUCGAUUUGGGCGCGCUUGGAGUCGCCGAUGGAGCGACUAUCCGCCCUGCAGCUCAAGGGUUCACUGAGCCGACUGCGGUCAUGGAAACUCGAUUUGCGGCGCCAGAGGGCUGGAUGGUCAUUUCGGAUAUUGACGACACAAUCAAGCGUACGAUGACACGCGAUCCAACGGGAAUUUUGCGUACCACUUUCGCAGAGGAACCUGUGGCUAUCGCCGGUAUGCCGGAUCUUUAUCGACAAAUCCAAAAAGACCUUGACCCGACGUGGUUCUAUCUUUCAGCUUCGCCGUACAAUUUGUACCCCUUUUUGCAUCAAUUCGUGCAUGAGCACUACGUGCCCGGCACGAUCAUCCUGCGGGACUAUUCGUGGAUGGACAUUGGGGGGUUGAUCAAGUCGUUCACUGAAAAAACACAAGAAUACAAAGUUGAUCGAAUGGAAAAAGUCCACAGCUGGUUCCCGAGACGUCGAGUGCUUUGCAUCGGUGAUUCGACCCAGUCGGAUCCCGAGGCAUAUGCGGAGAUAUAUGCUCGUUAUCCGGGUUGGAUCCACGCGAUUGCCAUCAGAAGAGUGACAGAUGUUGAGAACAUGGAAGAGAAGAAUAAGCCCGAGAGGUUCGAAACGGCCUUUAAAGAUGUUCCGUCGUCAGUGUGGACUGUUUUUGAGAAGGCCGACGAGCUGGAUCGUGUCAUAGCGCAUCUGGAAUCGACAAAUUAG